ACCUUCAAUGAAACCCAGUGAAACAGUGCGUUGUUGAAGUAAAGGUGGUAUUUGUGGUAUUGGACAAGGGGUUUGCAUGAGAGGCGGUGGUGGCAACAGUCACAGUUACUUAUCGCUGGACGCUGUCUUGAUAAUAAUUACGUGCAUGGGAUUCUGAGGCACUUCCCGACCACUGUUCCUGAUGACGGAGUUUACUGAGGAGUUCACCCAUUCGCACAAGGCAUGUUUCCAGUGCAAUGGUUACUAUGGCCCAAACUUCUGCCAGCCGCUUUGUGCCACCUGCCAUGUCUUCCUGUAUCCUGAUGAUCCCUCUAAGCAGGCCAGUGUGCGCCCCUACCAUGAGAAAACAGAUGAUGGUGAUUCGGGCAACGAGGAACCAAGAGAACCAAGUGACUAUUACCAGACACAGGAGCAGCUUCCCCCUGAGGCAGCCCCCCAGGCCUUCCCUCAGCAUGGCAUGGACCCCAAGGCCUUUCAGGAGGAAGCAUCCGCAAUGGACCACGAUGAAUUUGAGUACAUGGAAGUUGCAGUGGAGGCAGGGGUGGAUGGAGGCCUUGGCGGGGGAAGUAGUGGGGAAGGGGUGUCUGGGGUAGCAAUAGACAUCUCUGGGGGUGCUGGUGGAGGUCUGAAUCUUCUUAGGGUGUGUGGUGGUGUGUCUGGUGGUGCAGGGUCACCUGGGAAUGGGUUAUUGAUAGGGGGACGGGAUGGCUGCAGGCGAGGGGGUGCUGGGAGGGAAGGGGCGGCAGGGGGCAGUGUCAGGGUGGCGAAGGCUAGGGUGGCAACGGUGAGGAGUGUUGAGGGCCGAGCCUUGGUUCAGCCUGCACUACAGGAACAGAUCACCCGUCUCACAAGUCCUCGGCCCAUUGAGAACCUCGACCCCACGCUGAUCCACCGCAUGCCUCCUGAAGUGUGGAUGUUGGUAUUCAACUUCCUGGACGACAUGACGCUGUGGGCGGUGGGUCAAGUGUGCCGGCGGUGGAGUCAGCUGGUGCAGCGCUAUGUGUCUGAGGAGCAGUGGCAGCAUUACACCCGCCGCCGUUGGCCACUCUUCUCCAGCUUGUACUCCAAUGUGCCCUGGCAGAGCAUCUAUACCAAACUGACUGAGAGUGCCCCAUGUUUCAUGUGCCUCCACAAGAUGUCUCUGCUCACUCAGCCACUCAACAAUGAAAACUCGUGGAGGAAGAAUCGCCUGCGCAACGAACUAAGAUCGCUGAGAUCAGACCCACCUGAGGGCAUUCAGGCAUGUCCCUUGGAUGAGUUGUCGGUGCAUUGGCAGGCUUCCAUCAGGGGUCCAGCUGGCUCUCCUUAUGAGGGGGGCACCUUCUUCCUCUACAUUCAGAUACCACACAGCUACCCCUUGUGUCCUCCCAUCGUGUGCUUCAUCACCAAGAUCUUCCACCCCAAUGUGUCACGUCAUGGGGACAUUGGCAUUGACUCCAUCCAGCACAAUUGGUCACUGGCUCUCACCAUCUCCAAAGUCCUCAUUUCCAUCCAGUCACUCCUCACUGACCCAUACACCAAGGUGUGUAUGGAGCCUGAGAUAGGACAGCUGUAUGAGUCCAACAAGAAGCAAUUUGAGGGAGUGGCAAAGUGGUGGACCUGGACAUACGCCAUGCACGACGCUAUCAUCCCCGAGUCUACAGCACUAGUGUCCCGCCCACUGCCUGCCUGUGGCAGCUCCUUGCAGAUUGACAAUGAGGAAGGCAAUGGCAUAUCAGUAAAUGGGACGGUGGGAGAGGCAGAGUCUAAGGUUCCACUGUUCCUCAGCUAACCCCCCCAAGAGGCAGGUGGAACAUCUGAGGUGCUUCUGCUGCUGUCUGGAGGGAAGACCUAGAGGAUGGUUGUCUUCUGCUUGUUUUCUUCCGUAUACAAAUAUUUGUUGUUGAAAUGUUGACACUUAUUUAUGGUGGUACUGUUUUUUGUGUGUUUGUGUGUAUAUGUAUUAUUUUUGUUAACAGGGAGAUGGUUAAUGCUUUUGUGUGUGUGUGUGUGUGUGUGUGUGUGUGUGUGUGUGUGUGUGUGUGUGUAUACAAAAGUUAUUUCUGUACCUGUUUGUAUGUCUAUGUAUAUUGAUUUAUAUAUGUAUACAUGUGUGUGUGUGUGUGUGUGUGUGUGUGUGUGUGUGUGUGUGUGUGUGUGUGUUUGUGCAUGUGCAUUUGUGUGUUCAUGCUUGUUCUAUUAUUACAAUUAAUCUGUAUAUGUUUGAUGGUUCCAGGUGUCUUUGGUGUUCAUGGGUAUUGUUUCAUUAUUUUAUGGUACUGAGUGACUUGCCUUAUUCCUCCACUGGGAUACAAGAUUAUGGAAUUGCUGGCCAGCCUCUAUGAAGGAGCCUGAAGGAGUGCCAUGACCAGGGAGGCAGUGUUUGGGCUUCACUGUGAUACCUGUGGCUGCAUGACAGAGCUGAGGGAGGCAGGGGAGAUGUCACAGCAGGAGAGGAGAUGAUGUAUACUAAAGAAGUUGUUGAGAGAAAUAGAGGACAGGGGAAGGAGAGAUUAAAAGGUUAUUAAAUUAUGUAGUAUAAGUCUUUACUCAUAAUUUUGUUCGUAGUCCAUUCAUGUCUUGGAUUUUCAUGAGUACUUAAGAUUUUUAAUAGCUAUACAUUAGAUAUUAAACUUAAAAGCUGAAACCAUGAUAUUGAUAAACAAACACUAAAGUAUAGUUCCUGGGCUAUUACCAGGGAAAGUCCCUUGAAAAUUACUCUUAGAUGUGUAUGAAUUUGAAAACUGUGUUCAUGGUAUUGAGAAAUUGGCAGUCAGAUAAUAUUUUUUGAUUCACACUUAGACAGUUAUCUCAAAAGAUGCUUCCUGUGCAUUUAUUUAGGAUCUGAUAUUUGGAUGGAUGUUUAAGUGCAAGUGUUUGAUGAGAGGUUCUGAUGUGUAGGUUGACUUUUAUGAAGCCACACUAAUUAGGUUAUGUGGUGAGGGAAUUGGAAUAUUUGGGGUUUGCUUGGUGUGUGAGGUGGUGUGUGCUGAGUGAAGACGUUGGUGGGUCAGAUCCUGCUCUGCCUCACUUCAGUGUGUGGAGCAGAGAGAAACUGGUGCUAAAAUGAGAAAGUGAGAAUGUCAAUUUAAGGUUCUUUUUAUAUCACAGAAAUAUUUGUAGCAAAGAUUGGAUAGUAGUAGUGACAGUCUUAUUAGUAAUGGUAGAAGAUGUACAGUAUUUCUAUUACAUUAGGGGCAGAAUGGAUAGUGAUGACACAGCAGUGAUAUGACAGGAAACACCAGCAUCCUUAUAUAAGUGACAGGACUGUGAUGAGAUGUGGAAAGCUGUACACAUAUUGUUCACUUUUCUGUUUUAUUUUUGCUGUUUUGUCAUCAAAUCAGUGUAUUAUUUAUAUUUAACCGAGCCUUUCUUGACCACUUCAUUCAUUACCAAUCACAAGAGCCUUUGAUACUUUGAUCUGUCAUUGAUUGUGAAAGGCCACACAUGUUAGUUCUCAUGAAUGCUUUUUAAAAAUUAUUGAUGGAGAAACCUUGUUAAACUAUUAGAAUGAUGAGAACACUUGAUAACCCUGAUAGCUUUAACAUUUUCCACUUUGUCUCAUAUAGAAAUAAGUAAAGGGAAGCUGCAUGGUCAUUAGGUCUAUAAAACCAUACACAUAUGCCUAAAUCCACUCAUCAUCUGUAUCCAUAAAGACACUUAAUCUUUUGAAGCUCCCUAUUAACUCAGCACCAACAACCCAAUUACAGAUUUAUCCAUUUAUUUCAGUAAUUACACUCAGUUGAUGAGCACUUGUCUUUCCCUUGUACAGUAGCAAGAAAUAUCAUGACCCUCUUUCCUGAUCUGUGUAUGUUUAAUUUGUAUCAUUCAUGUUAUGGUGACAGUAUCAGUAAGAUGCCCGCCAUGGCCCAGGUGUUCCCAGGUGUGCCAAGUGCAGCUCCCCAUGACAGGUGAUAAGUGCACAGCAUCAUUCAGAAUCUUUGUUAUUGAUCUUUCUUCUCUCAAUUCAUCUGGUGUAACUUUUUUGUUGUAUGUGCAAUGUACAUAAAAUACUGUUGAUAUAUAAGUAUUCUCUUGCCAGGCUCAGGGUAGUUGGUGAAGGAGAGGUCUUUGAAUUAGAGGUUUUAUUUUGCAAGUCUCAAGAAAUGGAGAUUUAUUGCUUUAAGAAUGCAUUGUGUGGUGGUGAGUGGCAAUUGUGGACCAAAAGCCAAAGCUCUUAAGAGAAGUGAAAGAGAAAGACAUGCUCUGUGAAAUGUGAUCUUAGGACAAAUAACAAUAUAGUAAUACAAGA